UACCCGCAUCGGUCUGAGGGGUUACAAUGCUCAUGGCUGGAACCGAGACAUCUUCAACUACAGCAGAUUGGGCAAUGUCGGAAAUGAUGAAAAAUCCUAGAAUCUUGGAAAAAGCACAAGUCGAGGUGAGGCGAAUCUAUGACGGAACUAAGGACGUCAACGAAUCAAAGUUUCACGAAUUGAAUUACUUGAAGUUAGUUAUAAAGGAAACUCUAAGAUUACACCCUCCUCUGACUUUGCUACUUCCAAGAGAAAGCACCGAGAGAUGUGAGCUUAAUGGAUUUGAGAUACCAGCCAAGACCAAAGUGAUUAUUAAUGCUUGGGCAAUGGGAAGAGAUUCCAACUACUGGAAAGAAGCCGACCGGUUCAAUCCCGAGAGAUUCAUCGAUAGUUCAGUGGACUAUAAAGGAACUAACUUCGAAUAUAUUCCCUUUGGUUCUGGAAGGAGGAUAUGUCCUGGCAAGUCAUAUGGUAUGGCUGUUGUUGAACUUAAACUUGCACAAUUACUGUACCAUUUUGACUGGAAACUCCCUAAUGGAAUGCAAACUGAUCUGGACAUGGCUGAAGCCUCUGGUGUUAGUAUUAGAAGAAAAAGAGAACUGCACCUGAUUCCCACUCCUUACCAUCCACCGUGUGUUCAGUAGUUAGAAAAUAUAC